CUCAUUCACUUUGAAGAUAUAUAUAUAGUGCGUUCUUGUACACACAGAGUACAAAUGGAAUUAGUUCAAAUCUUUUUCAAGGCUUUACUUCCUUAAUGGCUAGUGAAGUUGAAGAAUCUAUUCCUUUGCUUCUGCUAAAGAAUGUCAACAACGAAAGACGACAACAGGAGAGCGGUGACCGGGGAGCUAAUAAUCCUACUCCAGCAACUAAUGGACAGCCACAGCAAAGGCCUCGACAAGUGGUGGAGCCAGACGAGGAGGAAGAGGAAGAGUUGACACUGAAAUAUGGGGCCAAGCACGUGAUCAUGCUCUUUGUGCCUGUCACAUUAUGUAUGGUAGUUGUGGUUGCGACUAUCAAGUCUGUCAGUUUCUAUACGCGCAAGGAUGGGCAGCUAAUCUAUACUCCAUUUACAGAAGAUACAGAAACUGUUGGACAAAGAGCUCUGAAUUCUGUACUCAAUGCUGCCAUCAUGAUUAGUGUCAUUGUUGUCAUGACUGUACUCCUGGUUGUGCUUUAUAAGUAUAGGUGCUAUAAGGUGAUCCACGGCUGGCUCAUUGUUUCUUCUCUCUUUUUGCUUUUCUUUUUCUCAUUUAUUUACUUAGGGGAGGUUUUUAAGACCUAUAACGUUGCCAUGGAUUAUAUUACUGUAGCCCUCAUGAUUUGGAACUUUGGGGUCGUCGGAAUGAUCUGCGUUCACUGGAAAGGCCCCCUCCGUCUUCAACAAGCCUACCUCAUUAUGAUAAGUGCUCUAAUGGCCUUGGUGUUUAUAAAGUAUCUUCCUGAGUGGACUGCUUGGCUCAUCUUGGCAGUAAUCUCGGUGUAUGAUCUGAUUGCAGUAUUGUCUCCCAAAGGGCCUCUUCGUAUGCUAGUAGAAACAGCUCAAGAAAGAAAUGAAACUUUGUUCCCAGCACUCAUUUACUCAUCAACAAUGAUAUGGCUAGUAAAUAUGGCUGAACAAGAUCCUGAGGCCCAGAAGGGAGCGUCUAAAAAUGCCACUUACAAUCAGCAAGUUACAGUGAAUCAAAACCAGAAUGCAGGUCCUGAGGUAGAUGAUGGAGGUUUCAACCCAGAAUGGGAGCAGCAACGAGACAGCAGGAUUGGGCCCCUGCAGUCAACCCGUGAAACACGAGCAGCAGUGCAGGCUCUUCCCACUAAUUCCCUAGCAAGCGAGGAUCCAGAAGAGAGGCCUGUGCCUUACCCUGUUGCUACUUGCCAUUUUUAAAAAGGCCUUACCAGCUCUUCCAAUUUCUAUCACAUUUGGGCUAGUUUUCUAUUUUGCCACGGAUAACUUGGUGCAGCCUUUUAUGGACGAAUUAGCUUUCCAUCAAUUUUAUAUCUAGCACCUUUUCAGCUGACCACCUGCGGACAUUUUAUUGAAUUUAGCAAAUAAAGGAGGGCGAAACUAUCUUCCCCUCAUUUCCUAAAACAGCUGCUAUGCUGGGCAUUACUGGAUUCUUCUUUGUAAAAAUGGUCUCUUCACCUGUGGGUUUUCUGCCAUUUGACUGCAGUCAGUUGCAUCUCCUUCAAAUAACAGACUGCAGAAAAAAUGCCGUUGUCCUCACCAGCAGCACGGAUUGCUCAGCCUGGGGUUCCCCCUUGCACCAACCAAGGAUGGUCAGGAUUCAUCCACUGUUAAGCGGUAUGAUGAUAAAUCAAGCUGAACUGCCUGAGAAGUGAGGGUGAAGCCAUGACAGCUCUUGUUAGCCUGAGGCCACUUUGAGAAGAGCAAUUGGGAGGAAAGAAUGUGAUCUUGUUUAAAGGGAAGGGGGGGGGGGGAAAUCAAGCAAAUAAUGUCUUGCACUUUGUGUUAGGGUUUUUUUGUAUCUUUCUUUCCAAUUCUAAUUCUCAUACUUGCAGAAUAGCCUAUAUGCUCCUUGCCAGAUCAGCACAGAACACACCCACACUUUCUUCUGCUGAAAUUUUUUGGGGGGAAUUUGUGGUACAGUAGGCAUAUCCUGGGAUCUUUUGUGUAAAAAACAAAAUCUCGUUUCUUAUUAAGCUAUGUAAUCUAUUUCUCGAUAUCUCCCCUUCCUUAAAGUAUGCUGAAUAUCCUUUCAGCUUUUAGGUGAGUCUUAUCAUUUAUACCAACAAAGAGGUAAGAAACUAAAAACUAUCAAACAACAGAACAUUGCAAUGAAAUCUUGGUUAAUAACAACAAAAACAAAAACUCCUGACUUCAUUUUUUUUUUUUUUUGAAACUUUUUUUAAUAAAUCCUUGGGAC